GGCCAGCGGACAGGGGACCCCCGCGACCUCCCCGGCGACCGCGGAGCCUCUCCUGCGAGCACCGAGGCCAAUGUGCAAUACCAACAUGUCUGUGUCUCCUGAUGGUGCGCCAAGCACCUCACAGAUUCCAGCUUCGGAGCAAGAGACUCUGGUGAGGCCGAAACCGUUGUUUCUGAAGUUGUUGAAGUCUGUGGGUGCGCAGAAAGACACCUACACUAUGAAAGAGAUUAUAUUUUACCUUGGCCAGUAUAUUAUGACUAAACGAUUAUAUGAUGAGAAGCAGCAGCAUAUUGUGUAUUGUUCAAAUGAUCUUCUAGGAGAUUUAUUUGGAGUGUCGAGCUUCUCUGUGAAAGACCACAGGAAAAUACAUAUAAUGAUCUACAGAAACUUGGUGGUGGUAAGUCAGCAAGAGUCUUCAGACUCGGGCACAUCAGAGAGUGAGAGCAGAUGUCAGCCUGAAGGUUGCAGUGAUCAGAAGGACCCUGCACAAGAGCCACAAGAAGAGACGCCUUGUUCAGAUUCAGUUUCCAGACCAUCUACCUCAUCUAGAAGGAGAACAAUUAGUGAGACAGAGGAAAACACAGAUGAGCUGCCUGGUGAUCGACAGAGGAAGCGCCACAGGUCCCUGUCCUUUGACGAAAGCCUGGCGUUGUGUGUGCUAAGAGAGAUAUGCUGUGAAAGAGGCGGCGGCGGCGGCGAGCCCACAGAGACCCCCUCAGAUCAGGGUCUUGAUGAUGCUGUAAGUGAACACUCGGGUGAUUGGUUGGAUCAGGAUUCGGUUUCCGAUCAGUUCAGUGUAGAAUUUGAAGUUGAGUCUCUUGACUCGGAAGAUUACAGCCAGAGUGAAGGAGGGCAGGAGCUCUCAGAUGACGAUGAUGAGGUCUAUCGAGUCACAGUGUAUCAAUCGGGAGAAAGUGAUGUAGACUCCUUUGAGGGAGACCCUGAAAUCUCCUUAGCUGACUAUUGGAAAUGUACCUCCUGCAAUGAAAUGAAUCCUCCCCUUCCGCCCCACUGCAACAGAUGUUGGACCCUUCGUGAGAACUGGCUUCCAGAAGAUAAAGGGAAAGAUAAAGGGGACACCUCGGAAGAAGCCAAACUGGAGGCAGAAGGCUUAGAUGUGCCUGAUGGGAAAAGACCUACAGUGAAUGAUUCUAAGGAGUCCUGCGCUGAGGAAAAUGACGAUAAAGAAAUAUAUACCUCCCAGUCACAAGAGAGUGAGGACUAUUCCCAGCCGUCAACUUCAAGCAGCAUAGUCUAUAGCAGCCAAGAGGACGGCAAAGACUGGGAGAAGGGGGAGACACCAGACAAGGAGGACAGUGUGGAAUCUGGGUUCUCUCUAAACGCCGUUGAACCAUGUGUGAUUUGCCAAGGGCGGCCUAAAAACGGUUGCAUCGUUCAUGGCAAAACGGGGCACCUCAUGUCAUGUUUCCCAUGUGCAAAGAAGCUAAAGAAAAGGAAUAAGCCCUGCCCAGUGUGCAGACAGCCAAUUCAAAUGAUCGUGCUAACUUAUUUCAGCUAGCUGAGCUGCCCGGAAAAACAGAAUUAUAUAUUUCUAAGAAUAUAACUCCCCAGAUUUAUUUUUAUCUGCAUACACUAAAAUGAGAAAAGUGUCUCAAUCCUUGUAAAAUUUGUUGUACAAUUUAUCUCCUUGAGAGUAAGAAAGAGAAUGCUUCCUUCCUUUUGGGAUAACUUCACUUGGUCAUAUUUUACACUGGGGCUUUGAUGUAAUCUGCAUUGGCUGGGCAGCUCCUCUUAGGUUUUAGUAAUUCCCUCUCGGAAGGACUGACUGUUGGAAGUGGACUGAGUCCUGCUACUGCCAAUGGUGACAGCCCUUUCUGAGCAGUGGUUCCGCAAGAAGUGUUUGAUUUCCUCCUCCUUCCUCUAACAAAGAACUCUUAAUUUAUUUAGUACCUCUCGUGUAAGGAGUUAAAAAGCUGUGUGAAGGAUUGCAUAUUUAAGUUAUUGAAACUCCUUAGUUCUCCAGUGGUUAUAGGCUGGAGAGGUGAUGCAGCUGGUAAAAAGGCACUUGCUGUGUAGAUGACAGAAUUUUGAUCCCUGGAACCCAAAAAGGGGGAAGGAGGGCACCAACCCACAAGGUUCCCUGACCUCACUGUCCUCCAAGGUUGAACACUCUUAGGCCCUCAGAAAGCUCCUUGGGCUCAGCCCUGUGCUCCCUGAUGUUGCCUAAGUAUCCAGCUGAAAGACUUUAAAACAUGCAUAGUAUUUCCAGAUGACUUCUCCAUCCAUGUAGAUUAACCUCUUGAUUCAUAAUAGGAAUCUUUCCCUUUGAUGAAAGGGCCCUGUGUUUUUCACAUGCUCAAGUAUAGAAAAUAAAAUCAACUGGUCUGUAAGUUUAGAAUAACCAAAGAAUAGUUUUGUACUAACCUUGUUGACUUAAGCAUUGAAAAGAAAAAACACUCCUCCCCAUGGGGAAGCAUCUCACAUCCAAGGAGAGCAGAGGUGUGAGUCUUCAGCUCUGGCCCCUGUAACCCAAUCCUUGGGGAAUUCUAGUCUCUACAAUAUUUAGGUGUGGUAUAAUACAUUAUUUAUUUGCAAAUAAAUGGUUUAUUAAAUAUUUAAA